GAUAAACAACAUUAAUUCCUUUUGAAGAAAUGAAAUAUAAGUUUUCACUUCAAGUUUUUGUUUUUUUCUAAAAAAAUAAAUUAAAAAUGUUCGUUUGUAAAUAUUUCGUCAUAAAUUUCUGCAUUUCAGUAUUUUAUUUAUCCACUUCAUUGAUUGCAGCUUAUGAAAACAAUCUACCGCAAGAAUAUGUUGAAUCCGUCCAAACUUCAACACAUACAAAUAACUGGGCAGUAUUAGUUGAUGCAUCAAGAUUCUGGUUUAACUAUAGGCAUGUUGCAAAUGUACUUUCAAUUUAUCGUUCUGUGAAACGUUUAGGAAUCCCAGAUAGUCAUAUAAUAUUAAUGAUUGCCGAUGAUAUGGCCUGUAAUCCGAGAAACCCACAUCCUGGUUUCGUUUAUAAUAAUGCAAAUCAGCACAUAAAUGUGUAUGGUGAUGAUGUAGAAGUCGAUUAUCGUGGCUAUGAGGUUACUGUUGAAAAUUUUGUCAGGUUAUUAACAGGAAGAACACAAAAUGGUACUGCUAGUUCAAAAAAAUUGUUAACAGAUGCUGGAAGCAAUAUUUUAAUUUAUUUAACCGGUCAUGGUGGGGAUGGUUUUUUGAAGUUUCAAGAUUGUGAGGAAAUAACAAAUCAAGAACUUGCAGAUGCUGUUGAACAAAUGUGGGAAAAAAGAAGGUAUAAUGAAAUAUUCUUAAUGGUUGAUACAUGUCAAGCUGCGUCGCUCUAUGAGAAAUUUACGUCACCAAAUAUUUUAGCAGUAGCCAGUAGUUUAGUCGGAGAAGAUUCACUUUCACAUCACGUUGAUCCAUCAAUUGGUGUUUACAUGAUAGAUCGUUAUACAUACUAUGCUUUAGAGUUUUUAGAAAAAGUACAACCCAAAAGUAAUAAAACAAUGGCAGAAUUUUUACGAGUAUGUCCUAAAAGAGUUUGUAUAUCAACCGUUGGAGUUAGGUACGAUUUAUAUAACCGUGAUCCAAGCAAGGUACCUAUUACAGAUUUCUUUGGUUCAAUUAGACCAACACAAAUAGUAAGAGAUCACAUAAACAUAACGCUGAUAAAUGAAGAGGAUUUGCUGGAAGAUCUUCAUCACUCUCAUCCAGUUCCACGAGAGUUCAACUACUUCUUUGAACCUGAAUUUCCUAGUGAAAUGUUUAUCAAAUCUGAUAAGCAUUAGAACGACUUAGCUACAAAUUUUAAUAUAUCCAAAGACUUAAAAAUUAAAUCACGUUAUAGUUAACUUUUCUUUUUUAAGUUAGUAUGUAAAUUUAUGAACAAAG